ACAUUAUGCAACGAUUUCAAGCUAUUCCAACGAUAGAGAGUAAUUGAAUAUAUAUAAAUAUAUAUAUUUAUAUAUCUGUAACUGCAAUAAAUGGCGAACCAAAUCGUUGCGAUUACUCUCGUCUUCUUCGCCGUCGUGGGGAUGGCAUCCGCUGCGGACUCCACCCCGUCUGUUGCUCCUUCCUCCUCUGGGUUCAGCCCUGGCGAACUGGCUGACGGUCCUAUCUUGGACAACGUGAUUGGCACUGUCACCGGUGCCGGAGUCACUGAUGCUGCCCCUGUCGGCGGUCCAGUCCCCGACGGGGCUUUCCCCAACCUCGCCCCCGCCCCCACACCCGCAAAUGGUGCCACCGCACUCGGAGGGACAGCCGUCGCGGGAGCAAUAGCCGCCGCCGGCGUCGUUGGUGCAGUCUUCUUCUAAAUAAAUCCAUCAAUAAGAGACAUGGGAGCGCAUCCAUAGCUCACAGUAUGAACAAAAGGAUUACCAUCAUCUUAUGUUCUUCCAUGUGUUUUAGGGUCAUUAUACAGACAACAUAUAUGUUCUUUUUUUAAUGUUUCUUUCCUAUAUAGGAACGCAAUUCACAAUUGUUGCGUUGCACUCUUUAGAUGAAUAAAAAUUUUCAUAUCAUUCUCUUCA